UCCAUCACCCACCUCUAAUCAUACUACCACAAGUAAAAGUUCAAGUGAAAAUGAAGUAUAGAGCUUUUAUCUUGAUUGCCCUUGUGCUUGUUUGUUCAGUUUUUGCAGCGGAGAAGUCUCAACAUGAGACUAAGGAAGUGGCUCAAAAUGAAAUAAAGGGUGAUGAAACAAAGCACACCAACACUCAUGUUGGUCAUGGUGGCGGGACAGGCGUUGAUGCAGGUGCUUGGUUCAUGGGCAGAGGUGGUGGUAUGGCUGGGGGUAUGGGUGGCGCCCCAGCAGGGGGGGGUAUCACUGCCGCGGAAGCCAAAGCCUACAAGGAAACUCGAGCCAAAGUCGAAAUCAAGAACUGA